AACCCCUCCAAGUUCACAAUGUCAACUAUGCCUACAAAGGAGGUGGAUGAAGCUUGAUAUUGUGGAGCUGCUUCACCCAAUAUGGCCCGGUUUGCUCCGUCCACUUGGGAGUUCUUUUGGUCGCUGCCUCUUUCUCAAAGAAUCAUCACGCCAUGGUGGAGUACUGUAUCCUACAUCAUCGCAUUGCUACUGCUCCGUAUUUCUUCCAUAUCAAUUGGCAAAAGUGACCCUCUUUUCUUUGCGCUUGUGCUGCUCAGCUACUGAAUCUACAUAUUAUUUUGUGUCGCAUUGUUACUUGAAAUGGUUAUAUUGGCAAAAAGCUCUCGCUUAUUGCUCCCUCUUUACCGAGGUUCGAUCACCCCAUGAUGUGGGGUUGGGUAUCUCCACAUUUCACAAUGCUUCUGGUAACCAUACCCAUUCCCCCUCGCCUCUACAUAGAUCUCCAUCUUAAUUCUUCUGAUUCUUACUCACGGUCCUCCUAACUGUCACUAUCUAGCCCCCAUUUUAAUUUCAUAUUACCC